CUUAGGGCGAGAAAUGAAAUGAAGAAGAAACACAGCUCUGUGUUAGCCCUCUUUCAAAAGUCGAAGUCUUCGAAAGGCAGUCUCCGUCUCCACCGCAAUGGCUUCUCCGGAACAAAACCCAGACACCGUAAACGAAGCGACACACCACAAAGCCCUAGCGGAAUCCUCAUUCGCUUCCGGCGACUUGACCUCAGCCUUAAACCACGCGCGUAAAGCCCUCAGCUUGUCUCCCAACACGGAAGGCGUAUCCUCCAUGGUCACCGCCUUCGAAACCAUCACCUCCGCCGCCUCCGCCUCCGGAGAUACUCCAGAGUGGUACAAGAUUCUAAAGGUAGAGCCUUUCUCUCACUUCGACACCGUAAAGCAGCAGUAUAGUAAGCUAGCUCUGGUGUUACAUCCUGAUAAGAAUCCUUACGUUGGGUGUGAGGAAGGGUUUAGGCUUGUGAGCGAGGCUUUUAAGGUUUUGGAAGAUAGGGUUAGGAGGAGUGAGUAUGAUGCGAAGCUGAGGGUUAGGAUUCAGGGCGAGAUUGGUGCUUGUGAUGGUGAAACGACGACGUUUUCUAGUUGCGAGAAGAGUUUUGAGGCAAAGGAAGAUGGAGAUUGUUCUUCCAAGAUUAUAACUUAUAGUAGGAAGAGGAAGAAGCGUGUUGAUGAGGUUAGUGAAAGUCUGAGAAGAGUGAGUGAGACGAGGGAGGUGGAAGCAGAAGAUGAAGGGAUGAUGACUUUAGCGGAAAUGCAAUCAGUUCUUAAGAGAAAUAAACAGAAAAACAUCAUUAGAGAAGUAAAGAUGGGAAGGGAGACGCAGGAGAUCUCUUCUGGUGAUGAGACUUUGAUGGAGAUGAGUACUAACAAGGAGAAUGGUAAGCGAGAAGCUGUAAAGAAGAAGAAGAAGAAGAAAACAAACCACAAGGAGUUAGGUGAGAUAGUGGAAGAUGAGGAUUUUGAUUUUGAUAAAGAGAGGAUGCCAAGGAGCUUCAAGAAAGGGCAGGUUUGGGCGAUAUACGAUGACAACGUGCCUCGGUGUUACUGUUUGGUAAGUGAAGUCGUCUCUGUGAGCCCUUUCAAGGUAUGGAUAAGCUGGUUGGAUUACGAGAGCGAGAAACUCAUCUUUUGGAUGAAGAACAGCUCUUGUGGGAGGUUCCGUGUUUCAGAGAAAGCUUUGAUCGAGCAUGUGAAACUCUUCUCUCACGUUGUCAACUGCGAGAGGGUGGCACGAGAAUUGUACCAAGUAUAUCCCAGGAAAGGCUCGGUUUGGGCUGUCUACUCAGAGACAGAUACAGGUCAGAAGAGAAGAAAGACUAAGCACUAUGAGAUUGUCGUGUGUUUGACUAUGUAUAGCGAUGCGUAUGGUUUGAGUGUGGCGUAUUUGGACAAGGUUGGUGACAGCUUGUUCAAGAGACGGGAUUACGGGUGUAAUGCGGUCAGGUGGGUUGAGAAAGAAGAUGUUGCGGGCUUGCUCUCUCAUCAGAUUCCGGCUAAGAAGCUGCAGGAAGAUCAAUGUGGAGCUGGUGUGAGAGAGUCUUGGGUUCUUGAUCUUGCUUCUGUUCCUCCUGAUUUGGUUUCUGCCCCUUAGUAAUAACAUAGAUGUUUUUUUUUUCUUUUGGAUCUUUUCAUCGUGAUAAAAGAGAACAAAGCAACUCAUGUCAAAACAUUUUUUUCACCAAGAUUAUAUUAUUUAGUUGUAUAUUCAUAUA